AUGGAAAACCUACUCAGCCUCGCCUUCGACUACCUGUCGUCCUACGACGGCCCCAAGAUCCGCAAGGGGAUGCGUCAGGUCGAAGGACUCCUCGCCCAGAUCUGCCUCUCGUCGCCGAGCAAGUCAUCAAAGUCGCCGGCGACUGACGAAGAAUCCUCUCAGACCCCCGGCAAGUCCCUCUCGGAUCUGUCAGACGAUCCGGCCUUUCGAGAGUUUUUCAAGCUGCAGGAGGGUUUCGAAUGGAACGUCGCCCUGCGUCUAAUCAAUACCCUCGACCGCCUGAUGGGAAAGGGCACCGAUGGGCAGAACGACCUUCUCAUACUCAGCGCGCUGGAUCUGAUCCAAGGCGUCCUGCUGCUUCAUCCGCCCAGCAAGGCCCUGUUCUCGCGAGAACAAAAUAUGAAUCUCCUUCUCGACCUUCUCGAACCCGUAAACUGCCCUGCGAUCCAGUCCGCAACCCUCCUGACGCUUGUCGUUGCUCUCAUCGACACUCCGCAAAACACCCGCACAUUCGAGGCCCUCGACGGCCUGCUCACCGUCACCUCGCUCUUCAAGUCCCGCUCCACCUCCCGUGAGGUAAAGCUCAAGCUCGUCGAGUUUCUCUACUUCUACCUCAUGCCCGAAGUGCCAUCCAUUCCCCGCGCCGACGCCCGCGCCUCCGUCCCCGCCAUGCUCCAGCGCAGCCCCAGCAAGCUGGCCGGUGCCUUCGGGCCUGGAAACUCGACGGCCUCCGACACGCAGCAGUACGCACGGAGUCGCGCCGGUAGCGAGUCCGAAGACACUCUGACCACGGAGGAGAAGCAGGAGCUGCUGGGCCGCCACCUUAGCAGCGUUGAGGACUUGGUCAAGGACCUGAGGACCUGUACGCCCUUUGGCGGCGUCGUUUGCUGA